AUGAAUCAGUCAGGAGCUGUGUCAUCUGUCAACCUCCCAGCAGACAUUACUGUCCAGCUGAGCUCCCAGCAUCCUCGAGUGAUGUUUAGGACCCCUGAGGAGGAGGAAGAGGAGCAGGAGGAGAUAGAGCAGCCUCCUCCUCAUCGUCUCGGUAGACUGACCAUCAAAUACGACCGCAGAGAGCUGCAGAGGAGGCUGGACAUCGAGCAGUGGAUGGAGACAGAGCUGCAGCUGCUGUUCGACUGUGACCAGGAGGAAGAGGAGGUCCCUGAGCUGCACAUUGACAUCGACGAGCUGCUGGACGUGAGCGACUCUGACCAGAGAUCCAGACUGAACACACUUCUUAAGCAGUGUGAGAAACCUACAGAGGACUUCAUUAACGACCUGCUGAUCCGGAUCAGAGGCCUCCGCAGGAUGAAGAAGUGA